AGAAACAGUUUCAGACUGAUACGAAUGCACAAAAGCCACUCACUGCUAGAGUCUCACUACAGAUUCCCUGAGGGUGGGUGGGUGGACGAACCGGUUUUACCUGGAACAGCUGAGACAAUACGAAUGUGAAAGAAAAUGAAAACGCACAGGGAAGUAUUAAAUCUUUUCGUCUGUGUACUAUUUUCAAGAUUCAAUGCUGUGACUUCUAUCAUCUAUGUUGAGAAUGGGAAGAGUGUGACUUUACAUCCAAAUAUACAAGGGAAUCCUGAAGACAUUUUGUGGACAUUCAAUUCAAACAAGGUGGCUGAACAUGAUUUGAAAGACUUUCAAGACUAUGGUCAAUUCAGAGGAAGAUCAAAGAUUGAAAUCACUACUGGGCAGCUCACUGUUCUUCGCAUGACCAGCCAGGACAGUGGUAUUUAUAGGUCGGCAAUACAGAUCGAUGGAAAGCUGCAAAAUUCUGAAAAUGAAGUUCAAGUUAUUGAUGCUGUGCAGGAGCCUAAUGUGACCUGUAUACUGAACAAUAUUACAGAAUCAAAAACAUUGUUCUGCUCAGUUUCAUCUCAGUUCCAAACAACCUUUGAAUGGACUGGAUCUAAUUCAAUACAACACUCUGGGCAAGAACUUCAUAUCAGCAAGAAGGAGAAGCCUGAUUCAGUCUUUACUUGCACUGUGAAAAAUGAAGUUAGCCAAAAGAGCACCAGUUUUGCUUUGAAAGACUGCCUCACAGAAACAGAUGGGAAUAUCAUUCUACCAGUUAUUUUAGCCAUCAUUGUUACUAUUGCCGUGGUGAUCAUAAUGGCUGUUGCCUUUUACUUCAUUUGCCAAAGACGAGGUAAGGAUGAAGAUCUUAACCAGGCUCUCAGAAACGAUCAUGUUUCAGAGUACAAUGCAAAACAGGAUACAAAUGAAGAUGGAGAUGAGUCUGAAAACAAUGAAGAAACAAUGGGUGAUUAUAAAUAUGAAGAUGUUAACCAGCCCCUCAAAAACAAUCAUGUUGAAGACAGCUAUAAAGAACGGGACAUAAAUAAAGAUGGAGCUGAGUCUGAGAAAAAUGAAGAAGAAUGGAUGGAUGAUAAUGAAUCUGGCCAAGAAUAAUCAGGAAAUUAAUAAAGCCCAAGACAUCACUGGACCCGCACAAGACAGGAAUAUCAACGAGUAACAAGUUAAAUGAUAAGCACUGAGCAGCAGGGACUCGGAAAUAACUGUAACACUUUACAAUAAGGUUAAUUUGUUAACAUUAAUGCAUUAAGUAACAUGAUCUAGCAAUGAAGAAUAUAUUUUCACAGCAUUUAUUAAAACUCAAGCAUCCCUUGGGACAUUUUUUUAGACAGUUUCCUUAAUCUUAGCGAUACAAAACUUGGCUACUUUUCCUAAGUGUGCCAUCUGAACAAACACCCAAAGAAAAUAUUAGAAAUAUAUUUAUUAGAAAUAAAUGAUUACUCUGUC